CGCGCUGAUCAAGGCUCAAUUUUCCAGCCGUUACCGACACUCUCCGCUGCCCAGAGAUUGUGAGGUGCAUCCCCCAACCCAGUUUCAGACUGAUCCCCCUUGGCCCAAGGACUAGGAGCCACAGGGCAGUAUGGCCAAAGCGGCAGCCUCCUCCUCACUGGAGGACUUGGACCUGAGCGGAGAGGAGGUCCAGCGGCUCACCUCCGCCUUCCAGGACCCGGAGUUCCGGCGAAUGUUCUCCCAGUACGCCGAGGAACUCACCGACCCCGAGAACCGGCGACGUUACGAGGCGGAGAUCACCAUGCUGGAGCGUGAGCGAGGGGUGGAGGUGCGGUUCGUGCACCCAGAGCCGGGCUAUGUGCUGCGCACCAGCCUGGACGGAGCGCGGCGCUGCUUCGUGAACGUCUGCAGCAACGCGCUGGUGGGCGCACCCAGUAGCCGGCCCGGCACCAUGGGCGACCAGGGCGCAGCGCCUGGCAGCCACUGGUCCCUGCCCUACAGCCUGGCGCCCGGCCGCGAGUACGCGGGGCGCAACAGAACCCGCUACAUGGUCUACGACGUGGUCUUCCAUCCGGAUGCGCUCGCACUGGCCCGUCGACACGAGGGCUUCCGUCAGAUGCUGGAUACCACGGCCCUGGAGGCAGUCGAGAAGCAGUUCGGCGUGAAGCUAGACCGCAGGAAUGCCAAGACCCUGAAGGCCAAAUAUAAGGGGACCCGGGAGGCUGCGGUGUUGCGCACGCCCCUGCCCGGGGGCAUCCCGGCCAGGCCCGAAGGGGAGCCGAAGGGUCCUCUCCCGGACUUCCCCUACCCCUACCCGUACCCGGCAGCCGCCGUAAACUCUGCAGCCCCCGGGCCCCGGGCGCCCUCCCCUCCGGAAGCGACCUUGCAGCCCGCGCCCACCGAGCCUCGCUACAGCGUGGUGCAGCGCCACCACGUGGACCUCCAGGAUUACCGCUGCUCCCGGGACUCAGUCCCGAGCCCAGUGCCUCACGAGCUGGUGGUCACGAUCGAACUGCCGUUGUUGCGCUCAGCCGAGCAGGCGGCGCUGGAGGUGACGGGAAAGCUGCUGUGCCUCGACUCGAGGAAACCCGACUACCGGCUGCGGCUCUCGCUCCCGUACCCAGUGGACGACGGUCGCGGCAAGGCACAGUUUAACAGGGCCCGGCGGCAGCUGGUGGUGACGCUGCCAGUGGUGCUACCGGCCGCGCGCCGGGAGCCCACAGUCACCGCCGCAGCCGCGCCGGAAGAGUCCGCGGGUCUGUCCGGAACUGACGGCCAGGCCUGCGCUUCCGCUCGCGAGGGAGAGGCGGGACCCGCGAGAGGUCGCGCCGAGGACCGAGGCCGCAAUACCUGCGUGGCUGUGACUGCGGGCUCUGGGGUCACCACCCCGGGAGACCCCGAGGUGGCGCCCCAGCUGGCCCGCGCUGGAGAAGAGCAUGUCCCCGAGCUGGGGGAGCAGGACUUGAGCUGGCACGCGGGGUCGCCGCCGGGCAGCGGAGAGAAGCCAUCUCCCGGAGGAGAGAGCUCACCUGGUGGUGGCGGCUCCCCUUGUCUGUCCUUUCCGGGCCAAGCCUGGGAGUCUUCUGCGGCAAGAGAGAGCGCGCGCGGAGAUUGCAGUGUGGAGACGCGCGUGGAGUCGGAGGGAACGGGAGGUGAGAGCUCCGCCCGCGCCAUGGGUGGUCCUGGAACCGAGGGCCGGGAACCUUUGUGUCCUCCGUUACUGUGUAAUCAGGACGAAGAAACCCUGACUCUGGUCAUUCAAGUGCCUCGGAUCCAGCCGCAAAGUCUUCAAGGAGAUCUGAGUCCCCUCUGGUACAAAUUACGCUUCUCCACACAAGAUUUAGUUUAUUCCUUCUUUCUGCAAUUUGCUCCAGAGAAUAAAUUGAGUACCAUAGAACCUGUGAUUAGCGUUUCUUCAAACAAUGCGGUGAUAGAACUGGCAAAAUCUCCAGAGAGCCGUGGACAUUGGAGAGAGUGGUAUUAUGGUGUAAACAACGAUUCUUUGGAGGAAAGGUUAUUUGUCAAUGAAGAAAACGUUAAUGAGUUUCUUGAAGAAGUCCUGAGCUCUCCAUUCAAACAGUCUAUGUCCUCAACCCCACCAUUAAUUGAAGUUCUUCAGGUUACAGAUAAGAAGAUUCAAAUUAAUGCAAAGUUGCAAGAAUGUAGUAACUCUGAUCAGCUACAAGCAAAGGAAGAAAGAGUAAAUGAAGAAAGUCAUCUAACUGAAAAGGAAUCUAUAGAACACUGUAAAACCUCUACAACUGAUUCUGAUUCAUCUGUAGCAGUUAAAGCACUACAAAUAGAUAGCUUUGGUUCAGUUACAUGCUUUCAACAAGAGUCUCUUGAUGUUUCUCAAAUGAUACUUGGAAAAGCUCCGCAACCUGAGUCAAAAAUGCAAUCUGAAUUUAUAAAAGAAAAAAGUGCUACUUGCUCACAUGAGGAAAAAGAUAACUUAAACGAGCUAGUAAUAACUGAAGACAAAGUAAUAGAUGGAAAUCACCUAUCUUCAUUACUGAACAAAACUGUAGCUCACAAUAUACCUGGAUUUGACAGCAUAAAAGAAACCAAUAUGCAGGAUGGUAGUGUACAGGUCAUUAAAGAUCAUGUGACCAAUUGUGCAUUCAGUUUUCAGAAUUCUUUGCUAUAUGAUUUGGAUUAAUUCUAUAUAAUUUUGAAAUUUAAAUAUUAAGGUUAAAGAAUGCCUGUAUCUAAAAUUGAUUUUAAAAAAGUUUUUUCUUUAAUUGCAAUUUUGAUUCUCAUGGGGUAAAUUGGCGAUUUUUUUUUUUUUUUUUUUUUUUGCUUCUGGGGUUUAAAGUUUCCUUAUAGAUAAAAGUUUUGUGAUUCUUGUAAUGGAUGUAUAUAUUUUGUAUUGGAGAGUUAAACAUUUAGUUUUAAUACAACCUAUAUGUGUGUGUGUG